CUGUCGAUAAUAGUGGGGGAUAUAUUCCGCUGUAUUUCCUUUAAAUCGUACGAUAACCCCUUUCCUUCAAAAGUUAAUGCAAGCUUUCCUGGGGCGCAUCAGAUAGCAACUUCAGCCACAAACAGCCGACUGGCCUUUUUCUCACCUUGACUGAAUAGAAGCGAUCAAAGCUAGCAGCUGGCUUUUGACGCCAAGUAAUCAACGAUCAACGAACAUAAAAGACAUCGCAGCUUUCGAUUCUGUUAGAGAUGGAUACAACAGAGAAUCUUACAAACGCAACCCCAGAUGCACUCCAAACCGAAGAGUUUCCAUCCGUAACCGAAAUUACCCCGGGAGUAACGAAUAUCGUUGCAGCGUUGUUUGUUGCUCUACAGAUGCCAGUUGCCCUUGGAGGAAACUUCAUCGUCAUUGCAAGCUUUUACACGUUUAGGGACCUGCGCACAAAGUGCAACUUUUUCAUUAUCUCUUUAGCAGUCAGCGAUAUUUUGGUUGCGUUGAUCGCCAUGCCUUUUUGGUUAACUCUCCAAAUAACCCAGAAUGUAUGGAUUUACGGUGACACGUUAAAACAAUUUUGGGACUGCAUGGACAUUCUGUGCGGAACAGCGUCUAUAAUGAACUUGACUGCGGUCAGUUUUGACCGACAGUUGGCGAUCACUUCUCCGUUUGCUUAUCCUAAAAUCUUGACGACACGGCGUGUUAUCUGUCUUAUAUUCUUUGUUUGGUGUUAUGCUGCAACCAUUUCAUGUUUGGUUCUUAUUUCAAGUGAUGAGCACGAAUGGCCGUAUCCCAAUUAUUUAUGGUUCGUAUCCGUCUUGAGUUUCUUUCUCCCUUUAGUCAUUAUGCUAGUUAUGUACGCUCGGAUUUACUUGGUAGCACGUUACCAAGCAAGGCAAAUAGGAAGAAACUACGCCACAGAUAUCAAAGCCGCAAAAACGAUUGCGGUUGUGAUAGGUGGAUUUGUUAUCUGCUGGCUCCCGUUCUUUAUAGUAGUUUUAUCUUAUGCAAAUCGCACGAAUAUUCCUCUCAGUUUCCUAAACGUAGUCAAGUGGUUGGAAUAUUUAAAUAGUUGUCUGAAUCCAGUAAUUUACACCUGUUUAAACCGCACUUAUCGUAGCGCUUUUAAAAAAUUGCUUCGUCGCUGUCGUUCGAAAAUCAAGAGGGAUCAAAGAGAACAGUCAAAGAGUAACACCAUAUCAACCAUUUCGCCCAUCGUUUCGAUAGGCGAAACACAAGCACCGUUAACUCUUGUGGAACGAGAAUGUUUUUCCAAUCCAAACGAACCCAAAAGCCCAACUGCUAGGACAAAUGACGAUGUCAGUGAAAACAUUCCUCUGAAAGUAACUGGUCCUAGCUAAGUAUGGCACUCCGGCUGACGGUGCAAGCCUCAAUCGGCCCUUUCAUCCAAACUAAACACGAAAGAGUGACAUAUAAACGAACUAAUGGCAAAUAUGAAAAUAUGACAUACUAGAGAAUACAGCUU